AUGCUGAAUCACCUUAGUCUACACCUGAAACUUGCUAGGGCAGUAGAGCACAUAAUGUUGAAGAGCGUCUACCUCAAAGUAACAGAAAGAACGGCUCGUGCUAAUAAAGAAAGGGAAAAUAUGAUGAAAGACGAACUCAGCUGUGAAUACCCUUUGACAAAGGAUUUUUCACCACCACAGGGAUUAGAAAAAAUCCCUCAUUACAAACCUGUCAAUAGACCAACAAGUGAAACCGAAGUUUGGAGUAUGUUUAUCGACCCUAUAAUUGAUGGAUUACUCAGUGACCCAGAAGAAAACUACCAUGUAAGAUGGACAAAUACGAAGGACAAUAAUAACGAUCAAGAGCGACCAGAUAGUGUCGUCUGUAAGAUGGUCGAGAGCACGUGGGCACAUAGUGUUGGCUGUGGGGAGUGUAAGGUGGCAGAAGUCAAUAAUAAUCUUUAUAUAUUAGCUUGGGAUCUGUGUCGUCUUGGUUAUUUCAACAAGCACAGUAUCAAUGAAAACAUGAUUCGACAUGGCGUUACUUUCUAUGUCACGGAGCUCGCCUAUGAUGGUCUUUAUACAAUGACCGAAAUAUGUCAUAUUCAAGUUCCCAAAUCGUUAACCACUAUGGAUACAUUGGUCUCACGCCGCUCUCUUGUGUCUUUACUUCAAAUCGUCCAUGUAUUUAAUCAAGUGAAAGAGGAACAAACAGUUGCAUCAAAAAAGUGUUCUAGCAUGAAAAGAGAUGGUCCCAGUUUGAAAUGGUUGAAGUCUUUUGCUAGUGAUAAGAAGGAUCGUAGAAGAGAGUCUUCUAUAAGCUUUUAA